AGAAGCAUCCAACUUCAGAUAUGAACAUCUAACUUAGAUAACAGAGGUUAGGGUGUAUUUUUCCAUUUACGUGUUUCUUAACCACAUAAAGAGCGCGCGUAAGUUCUGAACACCUAGACAUGCCUCAGCAAAAGACAGGAAGAGAACAGGAGGUGCAAAAAAGUAUAAAGGCGUCUGUACUUGAGCAGAGUUUUACAGUAGAAAUGUCACAGUUUAACAGUCAGAGUGGAAGGACUGAUGGUGUAAGGGAUGGAGAUGUUCCUCCAAAUCUGAAAGAAGAGCAGGAGGAUGAGAAUUACAUACCAAAUCAGUGUGUUGCCUCACUCCGUUCCGAAGAAAACUCACCCUCUCAGAGUGCUGAUAAAACAACACAUACACUGCUAGAGCGUCAGAAUCCUCAGCCAACCCAGAACAGACCAUCUGUGCUCUGUUCCACCUCUCUGCUACCUCUGGAGCACACCAGUUUUUCUCAGCUCUCACCUAAAAAUUGUGAGUCAGCAGUUAAAAUCGGCAGAAUGGAGAGCGAAUUCAGUUCUAGUCAAGCACAAACUGAUCAGCACAAAACCCCCAGCACUCACAUGAACAGCCUUUUCCACUCAAACAUGAUCAGCUCUCUGUUUGUCAAUGGACGAUGCCGCUGGCCUGAUUGUGAGGAAACCUUCAAAGAGUAUCCUGUUUUUCUGAAACAUCUGAACAACGGACACGGCUGGGGAGUAAAAACUAUUGCACAGUGGAGGGUACAGGAAGAAAGGGUGCGCCAGAUGGAGAUUCAGCUUGUUCAGGAAAGAGAGAAGCUCCAUGCCAUGCAGCUCCAUCUAAGACUGAGCGAACACCCAAGAGCAGCUCUAGGCUGGUGGAGUCCGCUGGCACUGCCUACACCCCCGUCUGAGGAGCCAGAUGGAAGUGUUGAGUGGGCCAUCGAUACCACAGGACACCACGAAUACUGGCCCACAGCCACCCCCCACCUACUGACAGAUUUUGUCAACAGUAUGGAAUGCUACAAAUAUGUCAAUAUCAGACCACCGUAUACAUAUGCUUUUCUCAUUAGAUGUUCAAUAUUGGAGGCACCAGAUAAGCAAAGAGCUCUGAAUGAGAUCUACAGCUGGUUCAUUCAAAGGUUCUUUUACUUCCGUCACAACACUCCUACAUGGAAGAACGCAGUCCGUCACAACCUCAGCCUUCAUAAGUGCUUUGUGCGGGUGGAUGGAGGAAAAGGCGCCGUGUGGACGGUGGAUGAGAAGGAGUUUCAGAAGAGAAAGGGCCAGAGGUUUAACAGGGAUUCUUUGAAAUGGAUGGUUCAUUUCUCUCAUCCCCCCAAAGUGCCCUAAGAUUUCCUGAUUGCAUCCAAAGAGAAGCUGUUUCACACAAUGUUGCUGGGAGGUGAUAGUUUUUUUUUUUAAUUCUUCGUUUGUUUUAGCAUAACAAUCUGACCAUAUAAAGAGAAGAGAAGUCUGUUUCGGUCAACUAGAAGUAGUGAUAGUUUCACUGAUGAGAUCUUGAAGUUCGUCACAUGUAUCUAGCAUUUCCUAUUGUAAAAUUACAAUAAACCAAAUAUGUGAUUAUUAAAUCAGUUUCUGUACAAUUAUGAAUUUCAAGCUGGAAAUAGUCUUGUUCUACAAAUUUUAAGCACUUAUAUUUAGAAAGAA